AUGUCGCAACCCGAAACGCCAUCAUCCGAAAUCAACCCUCAUAGCACACCCAGCAUCAGUUCAGCCGCGCAUACCUAUCAACUCGCGAUGCAAACACAAUCGUCCUCAACACCUCCCUCAUCCACAUCCUCCGGCGUCCUCCAAAUGCCGGGCGCAACACGCGAUGUGGUUAUGGAAGAUGCGCCUCUUCAUAGACCUGCAUCUCCAGCCGCUGCAAUUCUUCCACCCACUGCUCAAACUCAAUCGCAAAUACAUUCUCAUUCACCCAUUUUACCUCCCUCGCAUCAAGCUUCCACUUCGUCUGCGAACGUAAAUCGCGAAACAGCUUCUCCAGCGCCCGUUCCUGCGCGUACAAGUACGCCAGUACCGAAGGUAAAUGGGAAUGCAGAGAAGGAAAAUUCUUCGAGAGCUACUAGCCAACAUCCUGAUACGGGGCCAUCGUUGCCAACUGAAGCAAGUGUGCAUGGAGCGCCGGCACGGGUUUAUUUGAAUCAGACUGUUACGGGAAGUUUAUUAGAGGGCAUGAAACUAUUAGCCAAGGACCAACCAAAAGAUCCUUUACGAGUAUUAGGAGAAUUUUUAUUAUCAAAAUCUAAGGAGUUGGAAGGAGGGAAUUAA